AUGAUGUUCAAGGGACUAAAGAUAUACAAAGCGGAUCCUAUCCCUGGAAAUGAAUACUCCUGGUCCAGAGUCGAAUGCACCGAGAUGGUUUUGACUCAACGUGAGCUGUACAGCAUGGUGGACAAAAGAGCGGAUCAGAUUUCCGCGGCUAAGCAGUAUCAGAGAUUACCAGAAGCUCUAAGAGCGCUCAUCAACCAUGUACUUGGUGAGCUAAAAGAACGCGACGUUGGUGUGGAGUGGAGCUGCGCAUAUAUCGAAAACCGUGGAUCUUCUUCUAAAUGCCCUUGCGACUGUCAGAAGAGAGAGAGUCUGGUCCUCAUUCUGAUGAAACGGCCUCGGAACCGUGGACCUUGGCUAAGGACUCCCAUGGGAGACCUAAUUGAUUUCGGAAGUCGGCGGCGGUAUUUUGCCAAACAGGACGACUUGUCUGAAACUCCUUCCUUCGAUCUCCAAAUGGACGCAACGGAUGGAGAAGAGUCUUCGCCGUCAGAAGUCUGA